UGCUAAAUAUUAAUCAUGCGAUGUUUUUAACACAGCUAUUGCGAAUAAUAUUAAUGUGAUUCACGGUAUGCAUUUUCUGGCUCUUUUAUUUGUGCUAGAACACCUUGGGACUAUUGGUCACUGUCCUAAGUACAAAAGAUCAAAAUUACAUUUUGAAGGAGGGGCUUUUCCAUGACUAAACGAGUGUGCACUGGACAGGGGAGCCAAGUAGAAGACAGUUCUUUUGGUUCGGUCGUGCGAGCACAACUUCUGAUCCAAAAUGCCACUCGAAUUAUUCCUUGACCUACACUCUCAACCAUGUCGCUCCGUUUUUAUGUUCGCCAAGAAAAAUAACAUCCCGUUUGAAUUCAAGGAAAUCAACCUGACUGCAGGCCAGCAGUAUGGAGAAGAGUUUGGGAAGAUCAGCAUUCUUAGGAAGGUCCCUGUAAUGAGAGAUGGAGACUUUGUUCUCACAGAGAGCAUUGCAAUCCUGAAGUAUCUGGCAGAGAAAUUCAGAACCCCGGACCAUUGGUACCCGGCUGAGCUACAGAAGAGAGCCCGUGUGAAUGAAUACCUGGCCUGGCAGCACACAGCAAUAAGGGCCCAUGGCUCAAAGGUCUUCUGGUUCAGGUCCAUGGUCCCCAUCAUAAUCGGAACUGAAGUACCCAAGGAGAAGAUGGACUCUGCAAUGGAAGACCUCAAUACAUCUUUGAAGCUGUUUGAAGAAAAAUUUCUCCAGGACAGAGCCUUCAUCGUUGGAGACCAGAUCUCAUUGGCUGACCUGGUAGCUCUUGUGGAGAUCAUACAGCCUGUUGGGACUGGAGUGGAUUUGUUCAAAGAUAGGCCCAGGCUGAGUGCCUGGAGCGACCGUGUGAAGAAGGAGAUGGGCGUGGCUCUUUUUGAUGAGGCUCACGCUGUCAUAAUGAAUGUGCAAAACCUGCCUCAGGUCUUCCAGGACAACGGCAUGCUGGAGUUCCUCAAACCCAAGCUCCAGAAAAUGUUCAACUGAUACUCAACUCGACAGAAUACCCCCUUCACCCAAAGCUUUAAAACAUGGAUGUUCUGUCAAGCUCCACAAUACCCAUAUAGUCACUACUACUAUGUAUACUAUUUAGUUUGAUCAUAACCUUGUCAUCUAAAAGAAAGAACAUUUUCAAUAAAACAUUUUAUAUCAAUGUUAA